GCAGGUGUCAGCUGCGAUGCAUGUUUAAAAGGAAACUUUAGAGGCCGACGAUACAAGUGUUUAAUUUGCUACGAUUACGAUUUGUGUGCAUCUUGCUAUGAAAGUGGUGCAACGACGACAAGGCAUACAACUGACCAUCCAAUGCAGUGCAUAUUGACAAGGGUAGACUUUGAUUUAUAUUAUGGUGGGGAAGCCUUCUCUGUAGAGCAGCCACAGUCUUUUACUUGUCCUUAUUGCGGUAAAAUGGGUUAUACAGAGACCUCGCUACAAGAGCAUGUGACUUCAGAGCAUGCAGAAACAUCAACAGAAGUGAUUUGUCCAAUUUGUGCAGCAUUACCAGGGGGAGAUCCAAAUCACGUUACAGAUGAUUUUGCUGCCCAUCUUACACUUGAACACAGAGCUCCCAGGGAUCUAGAUGAAUCCAGUGGAGUCCGGCACGUACGAAGGAUGUUUCACCCUGGCCGAGGGUUAGGAGGGCCAAGAGCUCGCAGAUCAAACAUGCACUUUACUAGCAGUUCCACUGGAGGGCUUUCAUCCUCACAGAGCUCGUAUUCACCAAGCAAUAGGGAAGCCAUGGAUCCUAUAGCAGAAUUAUUAUCCCAAUUAUCUGGCGUUAGGCGUUCAACGGGUGGUCAGCUCAACUCCUCGGGGCCUUCUGCCUCUCAGUUGCAACAACUACAAAUGCAGUUACAAUUAGAGCGGCAACAGGCACAGGCAGCACGGCAACAACUAGAAACGGCACGUAACGCAACUAGACGCAACAAUGCAAGUAGUGUCACUACCACCAUUACCCAAUCAGCAGCAGCAACCAACACAUCCAAUACGGACAACAAUCAGCAAACUAUACAAAAUUCACAGUUUCUCCUCACAAGAUUGAAUGACCCGAAGAUGACAGAAGCCGAGCGACAGUCAAUAGAAAGUGAACGUGCAGAUCGCAGCCUCUUUGUCCAGGAGCUCUUGCUUUCUACAUUGAUGCGGGAAGAAAGCUCCUCCUCAGAUGAGGAUGAGCGGGGGGAAAUAGCCGAUUUUGGGGCUAUGGGUUGUGUAGAUAUAAUGCCUUUAGAUGUUGCUUUAGAAAACUUAAAUCUCAAAGAGAGUAAUAAAGGAAACGAGCCUCCGCCACCUCCUCUUUGA